AUGACUACAUUCCAUCUGGAUGAUACUGCAAAUGACUGCCAAGAGAGCUGUUCGGGUUCGGUCCGGGCGCAGCCAUCACAAGUAUCACCCCAGAUUCGAACCAACACCGUCCACUUUGACGACCAAAAUGACUCUUGCUCGACACGGAUACCGAUACCUUCACUCGAACAGGCGCCAAAUACAACAGUCUAUGAAGGCUAUAAGUUCUUCAAAGCUGAUCCUAGCCCGGGCCAAAAGGCGGCAUGGACCCGGGUGGAGCGUACUAAGAUGCAUCUUGACCAAAGCGAGUUCUACAAGAUGGUACAAAAACGAGCAAAUAAGGUUUCAGCAGCACAGCAGUAUCAAAAUCUCUCUGACACUCGCCGUGCUCACGUGAACCAACUAAUCCAUGAGCAACGGCGUAGUGACCCCAAUGUUGAGUGGAGUUGCGUCUAUGCGAAGGAGCGCGACAGGCCUGCAAAGGCCCGCAACGCUCAUCGCAAUGAUUACGAAACUGUCUCUAUGGACAUUAUCCUCAUGCGGAGGCCUAUGAAGACCAAAUCUUACCCUAGGACUCCGAUGGGCGAUUUGGUGGAUCUUGGGGUUCCUUUCCGUUUAGAUGGAGACGAUCUCCAGAAGACGCCCAUGCGCUCCGAAAUAGUUUCGCAAGAGCGACCCCCGGAGCUGUCCGGUCUCCAUUUUGUGCCCUCUAAUAUAUGGCAGCAGAAAGACCGGCCUCUUGCCCUGGUGCAAACUAUGAUGCCGGGCCAUGUGACCCAAGGACCACUUCCUCACCCUGUGUCUGUCACUACUCCAUUUACUAGGUUGGAGCUGGGCCAGGCUUCGACCCCUGAAACCUUUGAUAUAAACGCCAGAAAUAGACAUGAGAAUGCAUGCAAUGGACAAACCAAUGUCGAUAAGGAUGGAGGCUGGUCAUCUGAAGCUUCUAGCGGGGAGGAUGAUGACUCCAUGAUUUUUGAUCAAUCUCAAUCCGAUGCAAGCUCUACGAUUGAGGGCUCAGGAAAUAUGGAUUGCGAUUAUGCGGACCGUCUAACUCCCCAGGAGACUACAUACCAGUCGCGGUCUCGUAGCCCCACUCAUCGUGACGCCAAUCAUGGCUCUCACUACCGCAAGAAGUCGAGAGGUCGUCAUAUGGAGAGAAAGGAGAGAUAUUACGCUUGGAGGCAUUAUCACAUUGACAUGAAGGGUGUUAAAAAUAUCCUGCCUGCCAUGCGUGCACGGGGCCCCGGAGCAGGAAAUGCAGAUCCUAAGCUCUGGGAGAAAAGGUAUCGGAUCCAACGGAUGGACGAUGAGGAGGUACGCAGUCGACUUAUUGACUGUGAGGCAAGAAUUGAACAGUGGGAAAGAGCCUUUGAGCAUCAAACACGACUACUGCAGCAGAAUAUUGAAGAAUCGCGCCAUUUGCAGCGGUCUCGAUCUUUCUGGGAUUUCUCCCAGGUGCCCACUCAUUGUGGAUGUGACUGCCCAAAGAAUGGGCAUGAUGAACAGUGA